GGAACACCCGACCCGAUGGGAAAAGGAAAACAAAGGAUGAAAAAAAAAAAAAAAAAAGUAAAAAAAGCGCUGAAAAACCCUGAAUGGGUUGGUACCGGCCAGGUGCAUCGUCCUUCACUGUCCUAAAACCCUACUUUCUCUGUAACUCUUUAACCGCUCCCAAACUCACCAAUAGAUCUUCUUCGAUCGCAGUCAUGACGACGAAAUCCAUAGGCGAAUCAGAUGUUGGCAUACUCAGUUACAUUUCUUCUCUCCCUGGCUUUCGCGGCAUUCUCAAGCAAAGGUAUUCUGAUUUCAUUGUGAAUGAAGUUGACACUGACGGAAAUGUUGUUCAUUUGACGUCAUUGGAUGCUCCUCCAGAGAUUGUUUCGGAAAGCGGACCAACGAUAGUCCACAGUACAAGCCAGAGUUAUGUUUCUGAAAUUGAAUUGUUUAGAUCUCUUGCUGGUGAUUCUGAUGCUGAGAUUUUGGAAACUUUUCUUAAGCAAAUCAAUUCUGGUGCAAAUGAUGACAUUUCACCUAUCGUAUUCUCCCCAGAUACAAGCAAAACUCAUAGAACGGCUGUCCACAAUUUCUUUAAGAAAUUUAAGUUCCUUGUGACCGAUACUAUUGAUGGACCAGAUUCUUCAUCAAAAUGUGUCCGUGUGAGGGUGGAUUCAGGGGUGCAGAAUAACCGAGGUCGUUUCUCUAAGAAACGAAAAGAAAGGGGUGAUAAACCCUUUGAUAGCAGAGGUUCGGACAACUGGCCUGAACAUGUUGGCAAGUUUCUCAGGUUUCAUCUUUACAAGGAGAACAAGGACACACAAGAGGCAUUAGGACUUAUAGGAAAGAUGCUUGGCAUCCAGACGAGGUCUUUUGGUUUUGCUGGCACUAAGGAUAAGCGCUCCAUCUCAACUCAAAGGGUCACUGUUUUUAAGCAACACGCAAGUAGAAUAGCUGCUCUGAAUGAUCGGUUGAUUGGUAUCAAGUUGGGUAACUUUAGCUAUAUCCAGGAAGGGCUUCUUCUUGGGCAGCUCCUGGGUAACAGGUUUACCAUCACCUUGCGAGGUGUUGUAGCUAAUAGUGAAGACGUGAUCAAAGCAUCUGCAGAAGCUUUAGGAACGCAUGGGUUUAUUAAUUACUUUGGCUUACAGCGUUUUGGCAGUGGUUCUGUACCGACUCAUCUUGUUGGAGCUUCACUUCUUAGAGGAGAGUGGAAGGGUGCUGUCAAUAUGAUUCUCGAUCCAAGAGAAGGGGAAACCAAUGAAAUUGCAAAGGCAAGAGAAUACUACAAGGAAAGCGAUGAUAUUGAUGGAACGUUGAAACAAUUACCUCGAUAUUUAGUGGCUGAAAGAGCAAUACUACAAUGUUUGAAGAAAUGUCCUGGGAACUAUUUGCAGGCUCUUAAAGCUAUACCUAGAACUUUGAGAAUGAUGUAUGUGCAUAGUUAUCAAAGCUAUUUAUGGAAUCAUGCAGCAAGUAUGAGAGUGCAAAAAUACGGGAUUGACAAAGUGGUUGUUGGAGACUUGGUAUACUGUAAAGAAAACCACACUGAAACAGCUGCAGUUCAAAAUUCUGAAGAAUACGAAGAUGAGGACUGUGGUGAUGCUAACUCAUAUGACUCUUGUCAUUUAGAGGAAAUGUGCAAGCUUGGUCUUCCAACUGAAAGAAAUAAGCUAGUGAAGGCUGUUACUGCUGAAGAUGUCCUCAGUGGAAACUUUACUAUUGAUGAUGUUGUUCUUCCUUUGCCUGGGUCAAGAGUACUCUAUCCCGCAAAUGAUAUUGCUGAAGUGUAUAAUGAUUUAGCGACUAAGGACUCGAUCAGCUUGACGGAGUCUGUACAUAAUGUAAAGGAAUUUUCGAUUACCAGUAUGACUGGAAGCUAUCGGAGAGUUUUCCAAAGACCAAAGGACUACGAGUGGGAAUUGAUCUCAUAUGUUGAUCGUAAUUUACCUCUGGCACAGAGUGAUUUACAUAAGCUUUUGAAGUCUCAAAGUGUUGAAAUUAGUAAGGAAGAAAAGAUAGCCAAUAAAUCUAAAAUUGAAGAUUCAUUGGAUUCCACAGAUCAAUCAGUGUGCUGUAAAAAGGAUAUUCAACUUGAAGCAGGUGGAAAUGAAACUGAAUAUGGGCAAGGCACUCCGGAUCCUCAGAUGGCUCUCAAGCUGAGCUUUACUCUCCCGGCUUCUUCUUAUGCUACGAUGGCAAUUAGAGAAUUGCUGAAAACAUCAACUUCUGUUGCUUUCCACAAAACUUUAAACUAGUGAUUAACUUUCCCAUAUAUGGAGACUGAUGGGAAUUCAGAGUUCAGUAGGAGCGUAAAGAGAGUACCUGGCGACAAGGGCACUUCGGAGAACACAAGAAUCUUUAUAGUGAGCCAAUCUGUUGUUUCAGUUUGGACCAAUUCCGUUUGAGGUAGGCCCAUAUCUAAAACAUAGUUAAGUUUCUACAUUCACUUGUAUGAAAAUUCCAGAAAUUAAUGGUUCGGGAUGUACGGAAACGUUUUCUUUAAGUGUCCAGUAUUUGUUUUGAAAUGAAUUAAAUUAAAUGAAAA